UCUAGUUCUAGUUAGAUUGUCCCUAUAUGAUAAGAAUAGCUGCUCGCGUGUCGAUCAUCAAACGCCGUUCCUCAUCAGCAAGAGCUCCUGCGUGCACACAACGCUCAUGGCCAUGGCGACACCCAAGUGCCGUCCCGUCCUCAGCUUGCUCCUCCUAGCCGUAUCCAGCUGCCUUCCGCAUGUCGUCACCUCGCUUAGCUUCGACUACAACUUCUCCGCCCCCGGCGUCCUCACCGGCGCCGACCUCAAGUACAUGAACGACUCCGCCCCUGUCCUCGACCGGAUCGACCUCACCAACCUCUCCAGGAGCUGGAGCACCGGCCGCGUCGCCCACGGGCAGGCCGUGCGCCUCUGGGACGACGCCACCGGCAAGGCCGCCAGCUUCACCACGAACUUCACCUUCGCCAUCAAGUCUCUCGACGUGACCACCAGCCAGGCAAGCACCAGAAAUUCUCUGAAAUAUUCUUCCGUCCUGCAGGGUGAUGGCAUGGCCUUCUUCGUGGGACCUUACCCGCCGAGCAUGCCGACGGACGCCACCGGCGGCUUCCUGGCGCUGUUCAAUAACCGCGGCAACCCGGCCAACACCUACUUCCCGCCGACCGUCGGCGUGGAGUUUGACACGCUCAGGAACGUCGAGUGGGACCCCAAUGACACCAUCAGCCACCUCGGCCUCAACGUCAACGACAUCAGGUCCAGGAACUACACGGCGCUGCCGGACGGGAGCUUCAAUGGGGCCAUGUCGGCGUCGGUCAGGUACGACGCCGGCACGGCCACGCUCUCGGCGACCCUGCGGUUAGACGACAUGCCGGAGUUGAGUUCUUACACCGUCAGCACAAACGUCGACUGCCGGGCCGCCGGCCUGACGCAGGACGCAGCGGUGGGAUUCUCGGCGGCCAUCGGGGACUACGUCGAGCAGCACCAGAUUUUUUCCUGGUCGUUCGAGUCCACUCUGACAGAUGAGAUAAUAACCUCGAAGAGGAAAGAAACCGGUCUAGUAGCCGGGCUGGUAUCAACUGGCAUCUUCAUAUUCGUCGCUGUAGCGGCAUCGCUCGGUUACCUACAAUAUCUGAAAAGAAAGGGCAUGCACGCUCAAGACGCACCUGAAGAUUCAGAUGUCCCGCUCGACCAAGACAUGGAUGACGUAUUUGAGAAGGGGGCGGGGCCUCGGAGAUUCAGUUACGAUGAGUUGUCCCGGGCAACCCGGGGAUUCUCCGACGAGGAGAAGCUCGGCGAGGGCGGGUUUGGGGCAGUGUACCGAGGGUACCUACAGGAGCAGGGGCUUCAUGUGGCCAUCAAGAGGAUCUCCAAGACGUCAAGCCAGGGGAGGAGGGAGUACGUCGCCGAGGUUACCAUCAUCGGCCGGUUGCGGCAUCGCAACUUAGUCCUGCUCGUCGGAUGGUGCCAUAAAGCUGACGAGCUCCUGCUCGUCUAUGAGCUCAUGACAAACGGAAGCCUCGAUGAGCAUCUCUACAGUUCCACCAACAUACUGACAUGGCCAACCAGGUACAAGAUCAUUCUUGGGACGGGUUCUGCGCUGCUCUACCUGCACCAGGAGUGGGAGCAGUGCGUGGUGCACAGAGAUAUCAAGCCAAGCAAUAUCAUGCUCGAUGCCUCGUUCAACCCCAAGCUGGGGGACUUCGGUCUCGCACGCCUUGUCGACCACAGCCGUGGCGGGUACACGACGAUGCUGGCUGGUACCAAGGGUUACAUGGACCCAGAGUGCGCGGUGACUAGCAGGGCCGGCGCGGAGACCGACGUCUACAGCUUUGGGAUUGUCCUCCUCGAGGUCGCCUGCGGGCGGCGACCCAUCGCCCCGCUCCAGGAGGAUGAGAACAAAGUCGUGCUCGUGCAAUGGAUCCAGAAGUUGUACGUGGGAGGCACGCUCCUUGACGCAGCGGACACGCGGCUUGACGGCAACUUCGAUGCACAGGAGAUGGAGCGUGUGCUGGUCGUGGGACUAUGGUGCGUGCACCCCGACUACGGCUUCCGGCCGUCCAUCCGACAAGCCAUGAGCGCGCUCCACUUCGAGGCGCCAGCUCCGGACCUGCCGCCGGAGAUGCCGGUGGCGAUGUACGCACCGCCGUGCAGAGGGCACAGGUCGAGCUACACGUCGUCUAAUGGGAGUUCCAGCAGCGGUAACCGCUCGUCGACAAGUGACCGGGCGGAGGAGAAUCGUUCUUCUGCGAGUGCUGGCACGAAGAGCGCCAGGAGGCCGAUAGCAACACCCACGAAUCAGACACUGGGGACGAGAACGACUGAGUGAGUAUACAGGCAUAUCUAUGCAUUUGGUAGAAUACAAUCUGUAAUCCAUCUCACAUCUCAUCGCCCGAAAGGCUCGAUACGACAUGCACCGUGUUACGUCAAUUAUCUCCUCAAUAAUCCUCUUACAUGGUAUCAAUCGCAAGUUCUUAGAACUAGCUUCACCACAGGUUCCACGUCGCACCGUCUUUGGGAGGUCGAUCUCCACCGGGGGCCGCGCAACUUGUAGCUAGGAUUCGUACGUCGAUCGCUUUGAUCGGGUGCUCUAGAAAAUCGUUUUUCUGAUUCAUUGAUCCGGUUUUCUCUCUCUCGCCGGUUGUUUGAUCGGCACUCUUUUUUUGUUUUUCGAUCUAAAAUCAGUUUGGUGGCUUGGUGUCGUUCGUAUUUUAUAUCCCAGGCGCCUGUACUCCAACGCGGGCCUCUUCAUCGACUGUUCCGUUCCACCGCCCCCGCCUCCAUGGCUCCAUCCAAGUCGGCUGCAUCGAGCUGCUUCAUGCAGGAGGACGCGUCCCGUGCGGCCAACUAGCCUGCACAUGUACG